GAAUCCAUCAGAAUUGUACUUGAAAGAAUAUCUUUGUUAUGAAUUUUUAAUCAUGGCUGAGGCAAGCAAUAGAUUAGAUAUAAAUCUAGAAGCUUUGGGAAAGAUAAAAAAUGUUAUGUUUAUAUCCAUUUUUGAAAUAAGCAAAAGCUGGAAAGGAAAGAGUCAGAAGAGGUGGGAAGUGUGGACAGAUACUACAAAAACAUAAUGAAUGUGAUAAAAGGGUUCCAUUUUUGAGAAGAGAAGAGAAGAGAAAACGACGUUAUUACUUCAUCUUGAAUUGCUAACUAUUGAUCUUGCUUUGUUUUCCUAAAACAGCAAUUCAGUGCAGGGCGUUACUGGUUUGAUAAAAAGGUAAAACAUUAGUGGAAAAGCCUUUCUGUUUAUCAGUUCAUUUAAAAAAAAUCAGCACCAUGGCUUAAUGCCUUCUCUGUCAGUCUCUUUCUCUAUCUGUUUAUUGCUGAUUUGACAGUCUCUGGUCCUUCUCCUUUGCUGUUAAAUGUGUGUGUCCUUUGUUUGUGCUGGUGGGUUUUGCUACAUUUGGCUGUGAGAGAAAAGCCUGUCUUUGCCAUAUUGGUCUAAUUAGCCUCUGGGUGAGUAUAUGCAUUAAAGAGAUCUUCUAAGCCAUGAAAGAAGAGAGCUCACAGCAACGUAGAUUUUCUUCAUACACUGGGGUUUCGCCUGUUUUAUUUCCUCCACGGACUGAUGGCCGAAAGCUUGUCCGGAAUGCUUCAUUUGGAGGAUACAAUGAACUUUCUCCUUCGUUGCCAGGUUUUGAAAGAGGGAAGGAAGAUAUUUCUCAAAAUAAAGAUGACUCUUCACUUUCUAUGUCAAAGAGUAAGUCUGAAUCUAAACUUUAUAAUGGCUCGGAGAAGGACAGUUCAACUUCAAGCAAGCUCACAAAAAAAGAAUCUCUUAAGGUGCAAAAGAAAAAUUACCGAGAAGAAAAGAAAAGAGCCACAAAGGAGUUACUCAGUACAAUCACAGAUCCUUCUGUUAUUGUUAUGGCCGAUUGGUUGAAGAUUCGUGGUACUCUAAAGAGCUGGACCAAGUUGUGGUGUGUGUUGAAACCUGGGGUGCUACUGAUCUAUAAAACCCAAAAAAAUGGUCAAUGGGUAGGAACGGUCCUUCUGAAUGCCUGUGAAAUCAUUGAACGUCCGUCAAAAAAGGAUGGCUUUUGUUUCAAACUUUUCCAUCCUUUGGAACAAUCUAUUUGGGCAGUGAAGGGUCCAAAAGGUGAAGCAGUAGGAUCCAUAACUCAGCCCCUACCUAGCAGUUAUUUGAUCAUACGGGCUACUUCAGAGUCAGAUGGAAGGUGCUGGAUGGAUGCUUUGGAGUUGGCUUUGAAAUGCUCUAGUCUUCUUAAACGUACAAUGAUCAGGGAAGGGAAGGAACAUGACCUGAGCAUUUCAUCAGAUAGCACACAUGUGACUUUGUAUGGCUUAUUACGUGCUAACAAUCUCCACAGUGGUGACAACUUUCAGUUAAAUGAUAGUGAAAUUGAACGACAACAUUUUAAGGACCAAGAUAUGUAUUCUGAUAAAUCUGAUAAAGAAAAUGAUCAAGAACAUGAUGAGUCUGACAAUGAGGUGAUGGGGAAAAGUGAAGAAAGUGACACGGAUACAUCAGAAAGGCAAGAUGACUCAUAUAUUGAACCUGAGCCUGUUGAGCCUUUAAAGGAGACUACCUACACUGAACAGAACCAUGAAGAACUUGGAGAGGCAGGUGAGGCUUCUCAAACAGAAACUGUGUCUGAAGAAAACAAAAGCUUGAUCUGGACACUGCUGAAACAAGUUCGUCCUGGCAUGGACCUCUCCAGGGUGGUUCUGCCUACAUUUAUCCUGGAACCCCGUUCUUUCUUGGAUAAACUUUCAGAUUACUACUAUCAUGCAGAUUUCCUAUCUGAGGCUGCUCUUGAAGAAAAUCCUUAUUUCCGUUUGAAGAAAGUAGUGAAAUGGUAUUUGUCAGGAUUCUAUAAGAAGCCAAAGGGACUAAAGAAACCUUAUAAUCCUAUACUUGGUGAGACUUUCCGUUGUUUAUGGAUUCAUCCCAGGACAAACAGCAAAACUUUUUAUAUUGCUGAACAGGUGUCCCAUCAUCCACCAAUAUCUGCCUUUUAUGUUAGUAACCGAAAAGAUGGAUUUUGCCUUAGUGGUAGUAUCCUGGCUAAGUCUAAGUUUUAUGGAAACUCAUUAUCUGCAAUAUUAGAGGGAGAAGCACGGUUAACUUUCUUGAAUAGAGGCGAAGAUUAUGUAAUGACAAUGCCAUAUGCUCAUUGUAAAGGAAUUCUUUAUGGCACAAUGACACUGGAGCUUGGUGGAACAGUCAAUAUUACAUGUCAAAAAACUGGAUACAGCGCAAUACUUGAAUUUAAACUAAAGCCAUUUCUAGGUAGUAGUGAUUGUGUUAAUCAAAUAUCAGGAAAACUUAAAUUGGGAAAAGAAGUCUUAGCUACUCUGGAAGGCCACUGGGAUAGUGAAGUUUUUAUUAAUGACAAAAAGACUGAUAAUUCAGAGGUUUUCUGGAAUCCAACACCUGACAUUAAGCAAUGGAGAUUAAUAAGGCACACUGUAAAAUUUGAAGAACAGGGAGAUUUUGAAUCAGAAAAACUCUGGCAGCGGGUAACUCGAGCUAUAAAUGCCAAAGACCAAACAGAAGCUACUCAAGAGAAGUAUGUUUUAGAAGAAGCUCAAAGGCAAACUGCCAGAGAUCGAAAAACAAAAAAUGAAGAAUGGACUUGCAAGCUAUUUGAACUUGAUCCACUCACAGGAGAAUGGCAUUACAAGUUUGCAGAUACCCGACCAUGGGACCCUCUUAAUGAUAUGAUACAGUUUGAAAAAGAUGGUGUUAUCCAGACCAAAGUGAAACAUCGUACUCCAAUGGUUAGUGUCCCUAAAAUGAAACAUAAACCCACCAGGCAACAGAAAAAAGUGGCAAAAGGAUAUUCUUCCCCAGAACCUGAUAUCCAGGACUCAUCUGGAAGUGAAGCUCAAGUAAAACCAAGUACAAGAAGAAAGAAAGGGAUAGAACUGGGAGACAUUCAAAGUUCCAUCGAAUCUAUAAAACAAACACAGGAAGAAAUUAAAAGGAAUAUUAUGGCUCUUCGAAAUCAUUUAGUUUCAAGCACACCUGCCACAGAUUAUUUUCUGCAGCAAAAAGAUUACUUCAUCAUUUUCCUCCUGAUUUUGCUUCAAGUCCUAAUAAACUUCAUGUUUAAAUAGAAGUUCUCUACAGUUGAAUCAAUGAACUAGGAAGAUUAGAUUUGGCCUAGGACCAAUGUUCAAGUUGGAUUGGUCUGUACUAAAACAUCACAAUAUUUCUAAAACAAAAAACCUAGGAAAUAAAUGUAGAGGUGUUGACCUUUCAUAUCUUUUAUCUUUAACCUGAAACAAGAGCUAUCCUGUUUAGUUAUCAAAGUGACCUGUGUGUUAAGUGCCAGGACAUUCGUAGCUUUUGUGAGAAUGUGUACAUGUGAAUAUAAUAAAUCCACAUGUAUACACAGUUGUCUCUUAUGUACUCUUACCUGAUAGUAGUCUUUGUAUUCUAUAGUAUGUUCUGAGAUACGUUAACAUUGUUCAUAACAAAAAUGCAUCAACCUUAUAAAUAUAUGUAUAAUAAUCUAUUUUCUUCAUAAAAACAGGCACAAAGCUUUUAUCAAUAAGGAAUUACAGACUGAGAAAUGAUGGAAUAAUAGACAGGAUUGAUGCAAUAGACUGUACUGUUAAAAUAAUUUCCAAAACACCCAGCUUCAAUUGUCUUCUUAGAAA